AUGUUUUGUUUUAGUGGAUCAACCGGAAAGCCCAAAGGCGUCGUGCAUACCCAGCUUGGUUACCUGUUGUACGCAUACGCGACGUUUCGUUACGUUUUCGAUUACCAUGACAGAGACGUACAUUUCUGUACAGCUGAUCUCGGUUGGAUUACUGGACACACGUAUGUUCUGUAUGGCCCUCUGGCUAACGGAUGCACUUGUGUUUUGUUCGAAGGUAUUCCUACCCAUCCAAAUCCUGAUCGCUAUUGGUCGAUCAUCGAUAAGUACAAAGUUACGAAAUUUUACACGGCACCGACGGCCAUCAGACAUUUGAUGAGGUACGGCGAUCACUGGGUGAAUAGCCAUCGUAUGGAUUCGCUGCAGAUACUUGGAUCUGUGGGCGAGACGUUUAAUCCGGAAGCUUGGCUGUGGUAUUACAAAGUAGUGGGACGGGGCCGGUGCUCGAUCGUCGACACUUACUGGCAGACGGAAACAGGCGGUCAUGUUGUCACUCCUUUACCGGGAUGUAUGGAAAUGAAGCCUGGUGCGGUAGGAUUUCCGUUUUUUGGCAUUAAAGUUGCUCUUCUUACCGAUGACGGAAAAGAGAUUGAAGGCGUGGGCGAAGGAUAUCUGGUUCUAAAAGCCCCUUGGCCAGGAAUGAUGCGCACGCUCUACCAAAACCAGCAGGCUUUUGAAGACACCUAUUUCACCACGUUUCCUGGCUGCUUCACUUGUGGCGAUGGUGGAAAGCGUGACAAAGAUGGAUUUCUGUGGAUCACCGGCAGAGUCGAUGAUAUGAUGAAUGUUUCAGGGCAUUUGGUUUCCAAUGCGGAGAUAGAAUCUGCUGUCGUUGCUCAUCCAGGAGUUGCAGAAGCUGCAGUUGUGGCGGCACCGCACAGUAUCAAAGGGCAGAUACCAUAUUGCUUCGUCAUACUCAAAAACGGUUACAGUUUCACGGACGAGUUGGUCAGAGAGAUAAAAAACGAAGUUCGCAGUAAGAUUGGCCCCGUCGCUGUCCCGGAGGUGUUUCAGCGAGCUGAAGGGCUACCAAAGACUCGUUCUGGCAAGAUCAUGCGUCGCGUUUUGCGCAAAAUAGCCGUCGGCGAGACCGAAUACUUUGGCGACCUGUCGACGCUGGCUGAGGAGCAUGUAAUUCAUGACCUCGUUCACGACCGCAGCAACAUAAAAAUCGACUAA